GGCCGUUCAGACGUUUCCCCCUUAGUCCCAGAAAAGAAUCCGUGUUCAGUGUGUGUGUAUUUCUGCGCCCGGUCUCCCGCGAGCCUUCGCCUGGCCGCCACGCGCACACGGGGGAUUCCGCGCGGCUUCGUCGCGCUGCGCGUGCAGACCUCACCCCUCCCGCCCGCCCGCCUGCCGCGGGAUCUUUCUCCCGCGCGCCAAGGUGCGUCACUUCGGGCUGCCGCAUUCGCUCUCCUUCUUCCUCGGUCUCCGGUUCUCUUCACGCGCAGCUCCAUGGCAACGUCCACCGCGGUGAGCGCGCCGGAAAUGGGCUCGGAGCUCCCUCCCUCCGUUGGCACGAGUGGAACCGCACUGGGGUCCGGCCAGGUCAGGGGACCGGGGGCCAUCCAGGGAAGGGGCAGCAAGAGGAGGUCAGCAGGGAUGGACUUAGACGAUGAUGAUGGAGAGGGGCCCAGCAAAUUUUCAAGAGAGAACCACAGUGAGAUCGAGCGUCGGCGCCGAAACAAGAUGAGCCAGUACAUCACGGAGCUGUCGGACAUGGUGCCCACAUGCAGCGCCCUGGCCCGCAAACCCGACAAGCUGACAAUCCUGCGCAUGGCCGUGUCCCACAUGAAGGCCAUGAGGGGGGCCGGGAACACCCCGUCCGAUGGGGCAUACAAGCCCUCGUUCCUCACCGAGCAGGAGCUGAAGCACCUAAUUCUGGAGGCCGCCGACGGCUUCCUGUUUGUGGUGGGGGCGGAGACGGGCCGCGUCAUCUACGUGUCUGACUCGGUGACGCCUGUGCUGAAUCAGCCGCAGUCCGAGUGGUUCGGGAGCACGCUGUACGAGCAGGUCCACCCGGACGACGUGGACAAGCUGAGAGAACAGCUGAGCACCUCGGAGAACUCCAUGACAGGCCGCAUCUUGGACCUGAAGACGGGCACGGUGAAGAAGGAGGGCCACCAGUCUUCCAUGAGGAUGUGCAUGGGCUCCCGGCGCUCCUUCAUCUGCAGGAUGAGGUGUGGGAGCGCUCUCCUGGAGCACGUGCCGAUGAGCCGUUUGUCAAGCAUGAGGAAGAGAUACAGGAACGGUCUGGGAUCAUCCAAGGAGGGGGGGCCCGAGUACGUGGUGGUGCACUGCACGGGCUACAUGAAAGCCUGGCCGCCCGCAGGUAUGACGAUUCCCGACGAGGACCCAGAGGCCGGACAGAGCAGCAAGUACUGCCUGGUUGCCAUCGGAAGACUGCAGGUCACCAGCUCACCUGUUUCCAUGGAGACGAACGGCCUGUUGGUUCCCACAGAGUUCCUCUCGCGUCACAACUCUGACGGUGUGGUCACCUUUGUGGACCCUCGCUGCAUCAACGUGGUUGGGUACCAGCCGCAGGACAUGCUGGGCAAAGGGAUCCUGGAGUUCUGCCAUCCCGAGGACCAGAGCCACCUGAGAGAGAGUUUCCAGCAGCACGGCCUUGCGGAUUCUGACCGUAUCCGUUCUCGACGGACCCUGAAAGGAACAGAAAGGAAGAGCGAUGGGCAGAUUCUGCUCCUACCGCCUUUCAAGGGCUUUGCUUCAAGGGCUGUUGCGACACAACCAGCGGAUGGGAAGAAGUUCCUCACUGCUGAGAAAAAGUCGAGAUUGAUUUCUUCCUCGACUUGCGCGGUGGUGAAGUUAAAAGGCCAGGUGGUGUCGGUGAUGUACCGCUUCCGCCUCAAGACCCGGGACUGGAUGCUCAUCAGAACCAGCAGCUUCACCUUCCAGAACCCCUACUCGGACGAGAUUGAGUACAUCAUCUGUACCAACACCAACGUCAAGCAGGUCCAGCAGCAACAAGACGCGGAGCUAGAGGCUCAGCCGAGCGGCAGCACCCCCGCGACCUACGACCUCGCCCAGGUCCCCGUGCCAGGCGUGACUUCGGGGGUCCACGAAGCGGGGAAGGCCUUGGACAAAGCAGACGGGCUGUUCUCCCAGGGGAGAGACACCCGCUUCGCAGAGGUGUUCGCCGGAAUGUCAGGCCCUGACAGAAAGAUGGGGCCGUCCUCCAGCCUCGCCGAGCAGCAGCUCUUCUCCCAGGGAAGCCCGUUUGAACCAGGGCAUGCUGGGAAAAGCUUUGGUUCCUCAGUCAUCCAUGUUCCCGGGGUCUCGGAGUUACCGUCUGCAGCCUCAGCGGGCCAGAACCUGGCCCAGAUCUCGCAGGACAUCACCGCGGCUCAGGUGAACUGGACGGACAGCCAGGCGCCCUUUUCCACCCAGUCCGGUAAAGCCCAGUCAUCUCCCUUCGACAUUGGGUCAAGUCACAGCUACACAGCAGAUCCAUCUCCCUACAGCCCCCUGUCCAGUCCCGCCACGUCCUCCCCCAGCGGGAACAGCUACUCCGGCUUGAGCAGCCGCGCUCCUCCCUUCGCCGAGAGCAGCCAGGAUGGGACACAGUUCCCAGGUCGCACCUCAGAAGUGUGGUCGCAGUGGCAGGGACAACAUCAUGACCAGCAGGGCGGCGGCCAGCACACACACCCCCAGCCCAGCCAGGCAGAGGACUUCCAGGACAUGCUGCCACUGGCUGGGGAUCCGACACAGGGCACAGCCAACUACAACAUCGAAGACUUUGCAGACCUGGGCAUGUUCCCGCCCUUUUCAGACUGUGCCAGUCUGAUCAGCUGAAGGUCAGCUGCUGGCGUUCAGUGAGUACUACAUUAAAGUGCUGCUCGUCCUGUCGAACCAGAUCUCUCAGCAUGAAUCAUAGGCAAAGACCUCCCUUAACCAGUCCCAGCGUUGUAGGAUACAGUGACGUGUAAAGGAAUUGUACCUGACGCUUAAAGUGAGCUCUGUCAAACUCGUGGCUCCUCCCACAUCUUCCAAGGAGCGGGGCUUUGUACUCUGUGCUUUGUUUCUGGGUGCAGUUGCUUGUAUGCUGUCUUUUCCACUGUUUACAGAACAUGCAAGAUGUUUAAAUCGGAAUUAAUUGUAGCCGAGACAUUUGACAUGAAACGGCUGUAUAUUGUCCAGCGUCGAGGACUGAAAGGAGGACCAUGAAUCGCAAUCAGUUUGCCCAGUGAAAUGGAUGUCUUUGUAAAUAAAGUGUAAUUUAUACGUUUCCGUUGUUUUUGUACACAUGCGCAGCUACAGAUGUGUGUUUAAUGUCUCUGUGCUCAGUGAAUAUAUUGUAUAUUAGUCCUUAGUUAAUUUUACACUAUGGUUAGACUUUAAAAAGUGUAAAUGUGAUUAUUUUGUGUAACACAACCACAUGUGGUAAU